AUGGCUGUUACCUUCUCAGAUCUUCACACCGAGUCUGGUCUUAAAUCUCUCGAUGGAUUCCUCUCCGGAAAGACCUACAUCUCUGGGGACAAGCUUACAAAGGAUGACAUAAAGGUGUAUUCAGCGGUUCCUGAGAAGCCCAGCGGAGAUCUGUACCCAAAUGCCAGUCAGUGGUACGACUGCAUUUCUUCGAAACUCGCCGCAAGCUUCCCUGGUAAAGCUGUUGGUGUGAGAAUAGGGGGCCAAGCUGCUGCGGUUGAAGCUGCUCCCGCCAAGGAAGCUAAGGAGGAAUCUCCUGCAGAAGACGAUGAUGACCUUGAUCUGUUUGGUGAUGAGACAGAGGAGGAAAAGAAGGCAGCAGAGCAGAGAGAGGCAGCAAAACCAGCAAAGAAGAAAGAGAGUGGGAAGUCAUCUGUACUUUUGGAUGUGAAGCCUUGGGAUGAUGAGACAGACAUGAAGAAGCUCGAAGAGGCUGUUCGCAGUGUUGAGAUGCCGGGCCUCUUUUGGGGAGCAUCAAAACUCGUUCCUGUUGGUUAUGGGAUAAAGAAACUGCAGAUCAUGUUGACUAUUGUCGACGAUCUUGUCUCUGUGGAUUGUCUCAUAGAAGAGCGUCUCACAGAGGAGCCCAUCAAUGAAUAUGUCCAGAGCUGUGACAUUGUUGCCUUCAACAAAAUUUGA